ACAAGCCAGUCAUUGCAGUUUCUGCUUUUCAACAGUUUCGUUUCGACGGCAAGACUUUCACAAGUGCACUUAAAAAUGCAAUCUCUUCGUAAAACAACCACCUGGAUGAUUCCUUCUGGAAUGAGAAUCGCUCGCAUGAGCGCUGGAGAGGCGGGCAGCGGAGCUGGUAAAGGUGGCGGCGGCGGUGGAUCGAUUCGUGAUGCCGGUGGUUCUUUCGGCAAAAUGGAGGUUGCACAUGAAGAAGAAUACUUCUACAAGCAGCGUCAGGAACAACUGGCUAAGUUGAAGAAACAGGCCAUCAAUCAGGCAGAUUUUCAUGCCGAAUCGAUCAAACAUCACGAAGAAGCAAUUGCACGCCAUAAGAAGGCGAUCGACGAGCUGAAGAAGUAAUUUGUCUCGUCCAGAGUUGUGUCUUUUACGUUUCAGUACUUACUUGGGUAAACAUUUGUGUCUAGGCGGGAUCACUAUCGGCGACGGGAUUUAUGUUUCCAGAUGUGUCAAUAAAGUAGAGAAGUUUUAGUAA